AUGAAGCUCCUCUCCAUCGCUGCCGCAGCUGCCAUCCUCACGGUCGCCUCGGCCGCACCCCCCACCCUCAGCGCUCGCGCCGGCAACAGUGCCACCUGCAAGUACACCGAUUCCUCGGCGUCGUUCACGCUUCUCGACUUAAGGUUCGAGCUUCGGGGGCGGUUCCUGGACAACCUGCACGGGCGGUGCCGGAAGAUCACGAACUGGACUUUCGACUACCCCAACGGCGUUGGCAGAGCCAGGUUCGCCGCAUCGAGUCUGCUCAAGGCGGGUUGCGUCGAGGAUGCUAUCUGGCUCGCGAGCAAGCCUACUGGCGCUAUUAGAGGCGUCGAUACCACGUUCUAUGCUACUAAUAAGACAUUCGCUUGUAAGCAGCUUGAAGAACCCUGA